GGGUUACAGAUGUUACAUAAUCAUCUAAUUUAUUUUUUUUCUCUCGUAACAAAUUGAUUUGAUUGAUUUUUUUUUUGGUGGUAAUGAUGAUGGAUUAUGAACAUUCACAUCAGGAAUUGGUUAAGUGCGUCGUUGUUGGUGAUACUGCUGUUGGAAAAACAAGAUUAAUAUGUGCAAAAGCAUGUAAUCUAAUACUUGAUCUAAGUCAAUUAAUGACAACACAUAUACCAACAGUAUGGGCAAUUGAUCAAUAUAGAAUACAUAAAGAAGUAUUGGAACGUUCAUGGGAAGUUGUUGAUGGUGUUAAUGUUUCAUUACGUUUAUGGGAUACAUUUGGUGAUCAUGAUAAAGAUCGUCGUUUUGCAUAUGGAAGAUCGGAUGUUGUAUUAUUAUGUUUUUCAAUUGCAAAUCCAUUAUCAUUACGUAAUUGUAAAACAAUUUGGUAUCCAGAGAUUAGAAAAUUUUGUCCAAAUACACCUAUCGUAUUGGUUGGUUGUAAAAAUGAUUUACGUUAUAUGUUUCGUGAUGAACAAUUUCAAAAUCUUUGCCGUGAACGAAGUCCAUUUUUUCGGGUUAAUCAUCUUUGCUGCAGAUUUCCUGAAUGUGGAAGACCACUUAAAGAAUGUGAUAUAUUAUCACCGGAACAAGGUCGUAAUGUUGCUAAAGAAAUGAAUGCAUCAUAUUAUGAAACAAGUGUUUUUACUGGUUAUGGUGUUAAACAAGUGUUUGAAAAUGUAAUACGUUCAGCAUUGAUUGCUCGACGUCAACAACGUUUUCUAAUGACCAGUUUAAAACAUGUUCGUGAUUGUUUAUUACAGGAACCAUUUUUACCACCAAAACCACAAUUAGCGCAAUUAAUUGUUCCACAAUCAACUUAUAGUCAAGAUAUUGGUUCAUUAUUCAAUAGACAAGCAUAUACAGAUGUUGUAUUUUUAGAUCAUAAACAACAUAGUAAAAUUAGUAUCAACUGCCAUAAAAUUGUAUUGAUUACAGCAUCCGAUAUGUUGAAUACAUUGUUUACAUUUCCACCUUAUAAUCGUUGUAAAGCUCAUUUUGGAACAUGUAUUGAUUCGGUAAUGGGUUCAAAUAUGAAUACAAAUAAAUGUAUGACCAAAUGUGCAAGUGAUCUUAGUAUUGCUAGUUCAAUCGAAGAUCUAGAUAAACAUGAACCAAGACCAUUUGCUGAUGAUAGUCUUUUGGAUGUUCGUUGGAAUCAUCUUAAAUAUGUACUCAGUGCCUCAUUAUUUCCAUUAUUAAGUUUUGAUACGUCCAAACUAUUCAGACAUUCAUUUAGUAAACAAAAACUUUUUUCAUAUAAUCGUUUUCAACAAUCAAAACAACGAUUGAAAUUAUUUCAACAAAAAUUAAUUACACUUUAUAAACAUGUACGUCAAGUACGUUUAGAUGGAACAAAUUUACGAUCAACACGUCAAUCGAUUAUAUCGUUUGAUGGUGAAAACAUUCCAUUUGAAGCAUUACAAACAUAUAUUUCAUUAAUAUAUUCAUUUACAACAACAAUAAAAUCAUUUACAUAUGAUCAAUUAAAUGAUCUUUUUAAAUGUUUUUCCUAUUUGGAUUUUGUCGACUUUGAUACAUCCGUCCUUUCAUUGGAUAAUUUUCUACCUAAUAUUCAACAUUAUAUUGAUCAAUGCAAAUAUGAUAUAUUUGCUAAACGUUUUGCUUUUUUCGGUAUUGAAAAAGGAUUAUUUUCCGAUGUCAUAUUUCGAUUGGACGAUGGCACUUGUUAUGGUCAUAAAGCUGUACUUAUGGCUAGAUGUGAAGUAAUGGAAGCAAUGUUUAAAGGUGAUUUUCGUGAAAGUUUAGCUCAAAUGAUUGUGUUUCCGAAUGUUACCAAAGAAACAUUCUACAGUAUGUUAUUCUACAUUUAUACCGAUAUGUUGAUCGAUAGUAUCAAUCAUAAAAAUUGUCUUCCAUUAAUCGAAUUAGCCAAUCGUUUUUGUUUAACACGUUUAAUCGGUUUGAUUGAAGAACAUAUUGUAAAUGAAUUAUUAUAUUUAGCUGAAAAACAAAAAACUGAUAUAACACUUGCUGUACUACGAUUAUUGGAACCAUCACAAAUACAUAAUGCUGAUCAAUUAACGGAAUUUUGUUUACAUUAUAUUACAACACAUUAUAAUGAUAUUUGUCAUAAUCAUACAAAAUCAUUACGAUCAUUACAUCCAGAAAAUCAAGCCUACUUAAAUCGUAAUCGUUGGCCACCAAUUUGGUAUCUAAAAGAAUUAGAUUAUUUUGAACGUUGUGUACGUGAACGUGAAUGGCAACAAAAUCCAAAAUGUUAUAAAAGACGUCGUAUAAAUGCCGGGUGUUUUUGUUUUUCACCAUCCAAACCUAAAUCAAAUACUAAUCAUUUGAAUAAUCAAUUGAAUAAAGCAACUACAUCAACAACAACAACAACUUAUUCUGGUUUGACUUAUAAGAUUAUUGGUAUUCUGUGAUUCCAUUCAUUUAUCAUUGGUUAUUCAUAAUCCAUCCAA